UGCUAGUGUACGAGCAGCCGCGUUUGGCUGCGCGACGAAAGUUCGCACUCUGGUGAUCGUUUCAAAGAUAAAUUCGGGCGAAGUGAAAGCAAGAAAUAAAUUAGAAAUUUCAGAUUACUUGUGAUCCCGGGUCCUCAGCGCGUGUGCGUUACAACAUAGGCGGUACGUGGCGUGGCGGUAGUUUUUCGAAUACGAAUAAAUUAAAGCGCCUACAUUCAUUCUUUAACGUAUAAAAUUCAUUGUUUUUUUACUGAAGUGUGAAAAUAUUUUAAUUGAAUUGUUUAGCUGGAGGAAAUCACACGCAAAAGUGAAAAUCGCAUCCAUUCCUCUGCCAGUCGAAAACGCAUUUAACGAAUGCGUUGUGACGCCAGUGAGAGUAACCGGUUAAAAACUUCUACGGAUCAUACAGCAGACACACAAAAUAUAAGGAGUUAACGAAUAGAACAGGGCCCCGUAACGGGUGCCUCGGAUAUACAGCUCUAAGCAGCAGACCCAACACAGGCAACCGAAGAACUACUCCGGAAGGAACUAGUUUUAUACAUUCGACUGCUCAGACAAAGAAACGUGAAAAAUGGAGCAAUUUGAGCAACUAUUGACCUGUUGUGUGUGCCUUGAUCGGUAUCGCAUACCAAAACUGUUGCCAUGCCAGCACUCAUUCUGCAUGGAGCCGUGUAUGGAAGGACUUGUGGACUAUGUUCGACGUCAGGUAAAAUGUCCCGAGUGCCGUGCAGAACAUCGCAUCCCAUACAAUGGAGUACAGGCCUUUCCAACGAAUGUUACCUUGCAGCGAUUCCUUGAGCUACACAUCGAAAUAACUGGUGAACUGCCAGAUCCCACAUCAGGGCAAAUCAUGGAGCGAUGCGGUGUGUGUUCAGAGAAAUCGUACCUGUCGUACUGCGCACAUUGCGAGAAGAAAAUCUGUGAAGACUGCAAGAGCGCGCACAUGGAUAUAUUGCGUCGUGAGAUUACCCGAUUCAAUUCACAAAUUCGUCGUAGUUUACAUCGCUUGCAGGACAUACUUGCGAUAAUUGAGAAAAACACUACUAGCCUGCAAACCAAUUGCGUUGGUGUGAGCGAAGAGAUCGAUGAGAUCUAUAGACGCAUCACGAAAGCGAUUAAAGAUCGCACCGAUCAAUUAAGGGGCGAAGUCGAUCGCUAUCUGACCAUCGAGAUGCGUAACUUAACAACGCUAAAGGAAAAUCUAGAUCACGAGAUCCAGAAUAUUACAAGCAAUUGCGAUGUGGUCGAUAAGUAUAUGAACGAGACGGUCGAAUGGGAUGAUUGUGAAUUGAUGGAUACGAAAGAGAUCUUCCUUAAGACGGUUGAGUUCCUACGUCACUUUGAGUACGAGAAUGCAGAUUAUACACGUCGUGUGCGCUUCCUUGUGUCCUUAGAUCCAAAUCAGCUGGUAAUGAAUUUGGCCACUUUUGGUGAUUUGAAUAUAGCUCCGCACAGUCAAACCGGCGGAUCAUUGAGCAGUUCACAUUUGGCGCCACCCUCUGCCUUACAACCAGGUCUGAUGCGUUCGAAGAGUGAUCAUCGCCUUGCUACACAGUUUCGUCAGCAAGAGGAUCGUGUAGGCUAUAAUGAUGAACCAGUUUUGGGUGGACGCAAAUUUGGUGAACGGCCAGUGCGUGCCAACAACGAACGUUACGGUGACGGUAACAAUAAUCGCUAUGGCCGAGGUGCCGAUUACGACUACGAGAAUGAUUACGAAAACGAUCAGCCAACAUCCCGCACAGGAAAGUCCUCACGUUUCCGUUCCCGUUUCGUGCGCUCUCAUCAAAAUGAUGAUUCCGAUAGUGAACAACAGCAAACACAGCGUCAGCAGGAGUUAGAGAAAAAGAAAGAUCGCGUGCUAAACGGCGAGGAUGCAUCACGUGGACAACUGAGUGGCAUUAUUCGUCUGAGUGAUUGUGCGCGUGUCAUACAACGAUUGGCGGACAUCGGUAAGGAGAAGAAGGAGAAGAAAACGGAUACUGCAGCGCAGGCAGCUGUACAGGCAGCCAUUCAAGCGCAAAAAGCAUCAAUGCAACGGCCGAAACAGCAAGCGCCAGCUGCGCAAAGACAGGUAUCCGAGGACGAUGAGAUUAGUCGCAUUAAGCGUCAGAACAAGAAUGUUCCUAGUGGAGCUACAACGGCAGCGACGGCAGUCAGUACUGGCAGCACCACUGCGCAAUCGUCCGAAACUGAGCGACCAGCAGCCGAUCGUGUCGCUGCACUCAAGCGGGCUGGGAUAGCACCAGGAACCAGCGAAGAGAGCGACAGCUCCAACCAUGCUUCACCAGUGCGUAGGACGCCACCGCCAAGGGCCGAGUCUAAGGCGCCCGUCUCAGCACAAGUUGCCGCCGUCAAGAAGACCACCCGUUCGGGUAGUAGUGAUUCGACUGCGUCGACGGAGAGUUCCACCAGUUCAGCUGCUGCCGCAGUACCGAGCAGCUCUCGCGUUCGUGAGAGUCCGGCACGUUCACGUGCUGUACCAGCUAACAGCGGCACCACCGCCACUAGCAGCACGCCGACAACUGAGAAGAAACCGUUUGUUAGCCGCUUUUUGCCACAACAUAGCAACCCCACUACCAACACGGACAAAAAGAAGGCCGAAAGUGAGUCAAGUAGUGAAGAGGAAACCUCCACAGAGGAAUCCGAAGAUGAGGUGGACAACAAACCGAAAUCAACCGCAUUAACUGGUUCAAGUUUGGCAGCAAAGAGCUCCGUGGGCAGCAGUGCACUCUCGACGGCCGGUACAGGUAGCUCGAGUGGUGCUUCAUCUUAUCGCGACCGCCUGGAAGCUCGUCGUAAUUCGCGUGAUGAUGCCUCUUCGCGUACAUCAUCGAGCUACGCGACACCGUCCAGCAGCGGUACAAGCGGCUAUGGUUCUUCAUCUCGUCAACGCGCCGUACCGGCUCCACAUCACUCCCACGACACAGACGAUCGCUAUGGCAGUGGCAGUGCCGCCUCAGGCAGCAGCUACACAAGCCGCUUUCUAAACAAAAGCAAGAGCAGCGCAAUUGUAUCGCAACCAUCGCUCUCCACGCCCACCGCCUCCUUCGAUGAGGAUGCCAACGGCACUGGCGACGAUUCGGACUCACGCUAUGGCACCGGACGCUCGCGCUAUUUGGCGAUGAAGGAGCGGCGCAGCCGUUUGGCGCGCAGUCGCUCCUCGCAUGCGAUCGGCAACGAUGACGACGAUUUGGAUGAGCCGGUAUCGCCCACAACGGCAUCGCCAUCUGCUUACUUGGCUUCAAGAUAUGCCGGUUAUGGCGGCUCGGAUUUGGCUCGUAGUCGCUCUUCGCAUGCAUUGAAAUCGCGUGAUAAUUCACCGGCCACCGAUCGAAGCACCGCAUCAGCACGCAGCGGUAUUGUCAGCGCCGCCGGCUCCAGCACGUCCGCCGCAGCGGACAGCAAAGACGGCGAGGCGUUGAGCUCCUGGGCGCGGUACUUAAAGAACAAGUAUGGCAACAAGACUGCCAAAGACACUCCGUCUAGUAGCGGUAGUGGCGCCUCAGCUCUGGCAUCGUCCUCGCAUGGCCAUGGCACUGGCGUCGGCAGCAGCGGCAGUAGCAAUGCCAGUCGUAGUCAUGCCAGUGACGUGUCGCGUCGCUUGAGUUUAGGGCUGCCGUUGCGGCAGGCCAACGAGCUGGGCUCAUCCGAUGAUGACGGUUCAAAAAACGGGGUAGGCUCCCCUACCUCCCCUACGGUAACAGCAGCAGCAGCCGGUAUAACCGGAGUGGCAGGUACUACCCUUAAGGAAUUGUACUUGCGCAAACGGCAGCAGCUGUUCCAAUUGGGGGGACGGGGGAGCGAGCCCGGAUCCUUCACGUGGCCACGCGGCGUAGCAGUCGGCCCGGAUAAUAGUUUCAUCGUCGCCGAUUCGUCAAAUCAUCGUGUACAGGUGUUCGACUCGAACGGUAUCUUUGUUAAAUCUUUCGGAGAAUUUGGCUUACGCGCGGGCGAGUUCGAUUGCUUGGCUGGUGUGGCGAUCAAUCGCAUUGGACAAUACAUAAUCGCAGACAGAUAUAAUCAUCGCAUACAAGUACUCGAUCCACAAGGACGCUUUUUGCGCGCAUUUGGCUCCCAAGGCAUGACCGAUGGUAAAUUUAAUUAUCCUUGGGGCAUAGCAACCGAUUCAUUGGGUUUCAUUUACGUUUGUGACAAAGAAAAUCAUCGAGUGCAGGUUUUUCAAUCCGAUGGCACUUUUGUUGGUAAAUUUGGCAAACUGGGACCGUUGGAAGGAGAACUUGAACACCCACACUACAUCGCUGUUUCGAAUACGAAUCGUGUUAUUGUAUCCGAUUCCAAUAAUCACCGAAUUCAGAUUUUCGACGUCAACGGAAAAGUUCUAAAAACCAUCGGUACAGAGGGUUCUGAUGACGGACAGCUAAAGUUCCCACGGGGCAUCGCUGUGGAUGAUCAGGGUUAUAUAAUAAUCGCCGAUGCGGGUAAUAAUCGCAUACAGAUUUUUAGUCCUGACGGCACAUUCUUAAGGGCCUUCGGUUCAUGGGGUUCUGGUCGUUCAGAAUUCAAAGGACUCGAGGGUGUUGGCGUCAUGUCGAAUGGAAAUAUUUUGGUGUGCGAUCGUGAGAAUCAUCGCGUACAAGUCUUCUAAAUUACUUAACACUAGAAAAAAAGUACUAAACAGAUUAAUAAUUGCAAUUAAACACACACACACACACACACACACACACUUACAUAUAUUUGUAACCAAUAUAAUCACAUGCAUAUAUAUGUAUAUGUACAAGAUGUAUACGAGAGUAUGUAGAUGGAUGGAGGAAAUACAAUAAUUUCAUGCCAAGCAAUUUUUGUUCUGUUAUAGCCUACUCAAAGUGUGUUUGUUCUACUUUGUUUAUUACUACAUACAUAUAUACUUACGUAUAUUUUUAAAAAAGAUUUUUUUUUUGUAAUUUAUUUUUUAAUUUACUUGUUUUCGAUAAUCAUUUGUACGUGCUUCAAUUUAAUAUUGCUUCAGAGGAUAAUGUAGUUUUUGGUUUUAUAAAUUUUUUGCUUAAAGUUAACAAUCGUCGUUUUUAUAAAUGCACAUAUUUGCGCUUACAAAUUUGUAGUUUGAUCAUAAAAAGUAUAAUAAAAUUGGAAAUUGUUUUGAUUAUGGCAGAAAAAUGGA